UCUCCCGAGGUGCACCGUUUGGGUCUCAUGAUCCGGCAGGACGCUGUUUUAUGUAAAAUCGUGAGAAGGCAUAAAAUUUGAGACCCCACAGGAGUGGAAGUACUGACUCGGACGGUGACAAACGACAGGAGCGUGGCGGAUAGAGAUGGAUCACCCGGUGGUCAGGUUUUAACACGGCGGCCUCCUGGAGUUUACGGUUCAGAGGAUGUUCGGCUGAGACGGGGUCUGACAGCAGCAGCAGGGUGGGGUUUAAACUGGAUGUGGGAGCCCAUGAGCACUGAUGGAGCGGGACAUUAUUCUAUGGGUGCUGUUGGGCGUGGCCGUGAAGCUCAUGGCGUUGGCGGGCGUGCGGGUCAUCGAGCUGGCGGGCCUGGCCCCGGCGCCCUUCUGCGGGAUGAUCCUGGCGGACUUUGGGGCGCGGGUGAUCCGUGUGGACCGGACCAAGGCGGCCAUGUCGAUGGACACACAGGCCCGCGGGAAGCAGUCCGUGGCGCUGAACCUGAAACAGCCCCAGGGCGUGGCCCUGCUCAGGAGGCUCUGCGCCCAGUCCGACGUGCUCAUCGAGCCCUUCCGCAAAGGCGUGAUGGAGAAGCUGGGUUUGGGCCCUGACGUGCUGCUCCAGGAGAACCCGCGGCUGGUCUACGCUCGGCUCACUGGGUUCGGACAGAGUGGCCCCUACGCCUCGUCCGCUGGGCACGACAUCAACUACCUGGCCAUUUCAGGCGUGCUGUCCAUGCUGGGGGGGCGGGGAGCCCCCCAGCCCCCCAUCAACCUGCUGGCGGACUUCGCCGGGGGGGGUCUGAUGUGUGCGCUGGGCAUCAGCCUGGCCCUGCUGGAGCGCCACGCGUCAGGGAGGGGCCAGGUCAUCGACACCAGCAUGGUGGAGGGCGCGGCCUAUGUGAGCUCGUUCCUCUGGAAGUCGCGUGCCGUUGGCCUGUGGAACCGCCCGCGCGGGGAGAACCUGCUGGACGGCGGUGCCCCGUUCUACGGAACCUACCGGACCUCCGACGGGAAGUACAUGGCUGUGGGAGCAAUAGAGCCGCAGUUCUACGACCUGCUAGUACAGGGCCUGGGAUUGGACGCCGCCACACUGCCCCCCCAGAUGAGCUUCUCUGAUUGGCCGGCGGUGCGGGCGGAGUUUGCGCGGGCGUUUGGGGGCCGCACGCAGGAGGAGUGGUGUGGGGUGUUUGAUGGGACUGACGCCUGUGUGACCCCCGUUCUCCCGCUGGACCAGGCCCACACACACCCCCACAACCGCCUGCGUGGCUCCUUCCUGCAGGAGGGCGGGGAGGUGAGCCCCCGGCCCGCCCCGGUCCUGUCCCGCACCCCCGCGGCCCCCCCCCCGGCCCGGGGCCCCGCCGUGGGGGAGCACACCCUGCUCAUCCUGCAGGAGCUGGGCUACAGUCCGGCCCAGGUGCAGGAGCUGCUGCACUGCGGUGCCGUGGAGAGUCACAAGCCCAACGCGCGCCUGUAGGGCGGGGCGGGGGCCCAACGCGC